AUGGCAGGGGCUAGAUGCAUAAUUCAUUCAGACAAGGAAGAAUGUAUUGGAUCUAAAGCCAUACAUUUGGGCAAGGUUACCAAUAAUACUACAGAAAUCCUGAGUCUUAUCGAAGGAUUAAACAUGUGUAAAGAAUUAGGUAUAACUAAGUUAGAAAUUGAAGGAGAUUCUGCAAUAAUUAUAAAUGCUAUUAGGAAGAAAGAAACACCGAACUGGAAGCUCAAUGGCAUGCUUGAAAAAGCAUUAGAAAUACUAGACAAUUUCGAAGAUUACACUGUAAAUCAUAUUUACAAGGAAGCUAACAGGGCAGCGGAUGAAUUAGCUAAUUUAGGGGUAGAUGGAAUAAACAAGAAGAUAAUCAAUAUAACUGAAUAUAAGGACAAAAGAUGA